AAAAACAGCUGUGAAAAUUGUUAGAGCAAUGCCGCCCAGACGCAGUGAGCGCUUGCGUUUGCAACGCGAGGACGCUUCCCCAGCCCAGCCCGGAGCCGAGCCCAGAGCUGAGCCCAGGUCGGCGAGCAGCCGACCCGUCCGCCGGCGCUCUCAUGGAACGCGCGCCGCACAGCCGGCACGACAGGCGAGGAUGAACGCAGUGGUGGUGCCGCUGGAUGAGCGGCAUGAUCCGCGCACCUGGCUGCAGCUGGAGGCGCACAGGAACUCCAGGGCGUUGGCCAGCCACAGUGAGGAGGUGCAGACGGAUGAUGCGGAGACGCUGCGUCUGCUGUCGGUCUUCAUACGCAUCGCGCUGCUGGAGUCGCCGUCGCUGGCCCAGCUGACCCGGCGCAAUCCCAGUCAGGGCAUCCGGAAGCUGUUUCGCAUCAUACGAUUUCUGUUCUUUAGACGUUAACUGAUUGAGCUGGUUAGCUCACGUAGUUCUUAUGUUCAAUAAAUCGACCAGAGCCAAGC